UGGUUUUUUAUUAAAAUGUAGAAUAAACUGGUUCACUUAUGUUAUUUGCACAGUUCACAAGUUGUUUAGGGGAAGAGCAGAAACUUGAUAGAUGUCUGUAAGGAAGUUGUGUUUUCAGUCUGUCCAUUAGUCACUCCUGUUCUGAUUGGCCACUUAUUUCUUUCUACAACAAAAAGUUCUACUUGACCACGGUGGGUGUCAUCUGAAACCCUGCCUUCACACCGAAAGGGUUUUGUAACUCAUUGUCAGUCAACCAGAGACUUGUCGUGUAAAUCGAAAGUUAACAAAAAAGUACAAAGCCAUGGAGUUGCAAGAGGCCCCUGCAAAGGCUGAGACAGAGGACAAAGAAAAAAUUGCAGAGGAACCGAAGCAGGAGGUCAAAACUGAAGAGGAAGCAAAUCCAGAACAUAACUCUAACCUGCUGAUUCCAAGUGAAGACAUCUACACUGAAACUUUUCAUACGGCAAAGCCUCGUCAAGAGCUGCCAGGAAGUGCACGCCUGUACUGUGCGAUCAUCUGCCUGUCAGUAAUCUGCCUCAUCCUUUUCUUGGCCGUUGUCAUACUUGGUGUGAAACGUGAUGCCUGCCCAGACCGUUGCACCUCCUCGACCAAAGUGAACUAUGGAGACCAUGUUGACCACGGCGUAUCGCUCACCGCGCCUUCUCCAGCCACGCUGACGACCAAAAUUUCUGUGCAGGUCCAAGCUAAGUCCACAGUCCACUCUGGGGAAGAGAAAGCCACAAAAAACAGAGAAGGUCCGUCUAUGGAGAAGCUCUGCAUGGAGCACUUCAGAAAAACGUCUGACUCUGGAGAAGAAGAGACUGAAAAUAACAGUAAAGGUCUGUCUACAGUCAGGACGACGCUGUGCUCGGAGCACUUGAAAAGGAUUUGUGCGGGGACUAAGAAGUGUCUCUAUAAAUGGUUCACAUUUCACAACUCCUGUUUCAUUCUGUCCACACUCAGACUGUCAUGGGAUCAAAGUCAAUCAAAUUGCACCUCAAUCUGUGGAUCUUUGGCUGUUAUUAACAGCCAGGAAAUUCAGAAUUUUCUGACAGAGAAAGGGAAGUUGAUGUACUGGAUUGGACUUAGACGAUAUCAAUCUGCAUGGAAAUGGGUCGACAACACGAUGCUUGAAAGGAGUUACUGGACAAGCAGCCCAGGAAAUGGAGACUGUGGUUUGCUCAGGAGUGGUGGUUCACCAGAGAGCAACUGGCUUAAAGCGGCCUGCAAUAGCGUCGCUUACUUUAUCUGUCAGCUGAAGUACUAAUGUCACACGCAUUUUAUAUUUAAAAAUAUUCUCAUUUAGAAGAUUCAGGAAAGAGGAACAAAAGAGCUUUUUAUUUUUUUUAUCAAGCACAUUUACUCUUCAUACUUCAGUCUUUUGUUAUGUGAACUGUAAGCUUAAUUUAAGACCCAGCACUCCUUCAAACUGUUUGAUUCUGUUUAAAAAAAGUGAAGCAGGUAAAGUUGGUUUUAAGUUUUACUCUCAGCUGUAAAAUAAGUUUAAUCUACAAUCUAUCUCAUAUAUUUGUACAAUUUAAUUUAUUGCUACAAAAAUAAGACACUUGACAAGAUUUUCAGGCAAAAACUCUGCAAAGCAUCAGAAUCUGUUAUUUUAAUGGUCAUUUUUCUGUGUCUAAAUCUAAUAAAGUUUUUUGUACUGGAGAUUUUUUAUAUGUAUAUGUAUUAAAGCAAAACAACAAUCUCAUGUGAAAAUUAGACCUAUCGAUAGAAGAUUAUUGUCACACUUUAAAGCGUGAGGUGUAUUAAUGGUCAGAAAGUCUCAUUCUUGCUGCCUCGCAUCAGCAAUAAACUGUUAGCCAAAAAGUAGGGGCCCUAUGAGGUGUUGAGGAGGAUGGGGCCGGUGUCUUACAAAUUGGCUCACCCAGACAAGUGGAAGCAUCCCAAGUGUACCACGUCAACCAAAUUCAGUUCCCUGUUUUGAUGCCUAUCCUAUGCUCCACAUGGAUAACCUGGCAGAGUGUGUUGGGACUACCAAAUACAUAAAAAUGAUGGACUUUUGCAAAGGGUAUUGGCAGAUUCCCCUGGAUGAGACACCAAGGCAGUACACAACUUUCACCUUGUCAGGACUGUACAAGUUUACGGCAAUGCUGUUUGAACUGCAUGGAACCUCAGCAACGUUUUAAUGAUUUAUGGAUACUGUUUUCAGUGGUUUUAAUUCCUUUAGUGCAGCCUAUUUGAAAAUGUUGGUCAUAAAACUGCCAAUGCCAAAUGGUCUUACCAAGAAUUCCUAUUUUAAGUCAAUAAAAUCUAGUUGUUUUUUUAAACAUAUUGUUACUAUUGAAAAGCCUUCUUGAUAAGAUUAUUUGUCUUGCAAGACAGAAAGUAAAAAUUUUUUUCUUGAAAUGAGUGUCUUAUAAUUUUUUUAAGAUUAAGUUUUUGUGAUUAAUAAUGUGUAAUUUAUUCCAGACAGAAAGGAACUUGUAAAGCACUGGUAUUUGAAUACUAGAGGAGAGAGAAAUGGCUUAAAAAACACAUUUGAUAUUUUGUUAAAAGAUUUUCUUAAUGAAUUCUACUGGAAUGUCAACAUUUGUUUGAGAAUGUGAUUUUUUUUAUUUAUUUACAAUAAACGUGUUCCUCUGAA